UAGAUAUUAUUCUGUUUAGAAUAUCUGGAAUAUCUACUUGUACUGAAUAAUUUUGAAUAUCUACCUGUAACUUCCAAGGUUCUCCAUUAAAUAUUUUUGAAUUUUCGAUGAUAGAAAUCAGAUUAUGUCGUUCUCUCUGAGGCCAUGAAAAAAUUCGUGAAAAUAAUGGAGGAUGUUGCCCAGGGUUUAUAGAAAAAGAAAAUUUUGUGGUCUCGUUAGAGAACGGAAUUUUGGGCUCUGUUGCUGUUUUUAAAGAUUUUUAUCAGAAAAUUGAAGAAUUGUUUACCAAACAGUAUCAGCAAGGGCAGACCAUAAUUAGUCUGCAAUUUGUCAGGAACGAAGAAACAAGCUAAGCACCUUCUUUUAACAUUUUGCUUUCCAUUCCUAUUAGUAGCUUAAACUCUUCUCUGUGAAAAGUAGUCGCUCUAAGGCAAUGCCGGGUGCUGCUCAGGAAAUUGUGGAGCUAUUUGUAGACAAACAGUGAAUCCCAGGCAAUGAAAAUCUUUAAUCCCUAAAAUUGAAGUUUUUAGGAUGAUAUACAUAUAUAGGGGUGCUGCAAAUUUUUAGGCAGACCCCUUGGCAUUUUGUGUAGGGCAUUUAUGCCGUCUGUGUUUCAUAUUCUGAAACUUUUCAUUGGAUUACUCCCCAGGAUAAAUAGAAAAUGUAGCUCCCUUCAUGGGGUUUGAUUUAUUAAAAGGACUCUUAAAUUUACAGUUACAAUUUUUUUCUGUUUUAUGCGCAACUUGAGUGGGAGCAGUAGCCGACUCCAUGGAACCCAUUUUCAAUGAAGAGACCUCAAAUGCGAUUUUUCUGUUGUCCUUACAAUUAAGUUACUACUAAUUUCUAAUUUAUCUCACUGGGCGCUAUAAUCCUUCAGCCCCACUCUUAAAAGCUUGGAUGCAGGAUUUUAAUCUUUUAUGGAGCACCUGCACAUUAAAAUAGGAGCAGCAGCCUCCUGAAUGAGACUGCAUCUUAUCUCUAAUAUAAUACUUUAUUAUAUGGCUACAUUCACAAGAUUUGCCGUCAGGUCGUUGCCUCUGGUACUUUAUCUUUUUAUAGGUAUUCUUCUAUUUUGCGAGGCCGUUGUUUUGGGUUUAAAAACUUGCGAACAUGGCUACAAAUCAUACUUUUCAAACUUGGCGACUUCUCGCCAAACUCACGAACCUGGCUAGUAACUCAUGAGCCAAUUCCUGCAGAGAAACUCGCGAAUUUCUUGGCGAGACUUGCUUGAAACUCACGAGAUUUCUCUGCAGACUUGUCUACCAAGACAGUUUGCUCACUAUUGAUAAAAACACUGACUUUUUUGUCAUUUUAGGGUCUCAGCCGCAUGAGUUGAUUGCCGAGUGAUUGAAAGGAAUUAUUAAUGGUUAGUUAAAAGCAAAUUAGAGAAAACGUCAUAUUUGAUGAAAUUAAAGAUAAUAAAUUUUUAUAGUUCAUGUUAUUGAAUUUCAUAACUUCUGGAUUUGACCACACGAACAAUUUUUUAUCAAUGUUUUGGAUAGAUUCUAUGAUCCAUCAUCAAAAUAAUCUGAAUUAGAGAAGAGAAUGAAUUAUGAAAAUUCGUAUGGCUUUGAAGACCAAAAUUUGAAGUUGGUCGCAGGGGCUUCACCCUUGGACCCUGCCCUAUAUUGUGACAGGAUACACAUUUCUGGUACUUCCCCUGGUACCUGUCCCUUGACAGUGCAGGGGGCUGCCACCCCAUAUCUCCACUCCACUUUUUAAAAGUAAAACAUAGAUAUUGUUUUAGGCUGCACCAAAUGUAUUCAAAUAACAUAAACAGUGUUUUUCCCCCCUAUUUUUAUGAAAUUUUCAGUGGUUUUCUGAGAGUAAAUUAAUUAUGGUCAAAUAGAUUUAUGUAAAUUCUAAAUAGGAAAUCUGUUCUUUAUGCAUCAUUUGCAUUAUUUAAGUUUAGUUUGUGUAUUUAUUUUGCUGAGUCCCGAAUCUAAGUCCAAAUGUUAGGCUGCCAACUUUUUACCGAGUCUGAGUUUUUGAACUAUGUUACAAAUAAAAGGCAGUGGCAUAAGAUUUUCUAUAAGGAAGUUGCUUUUGGCUUCUCUUGUUUUGAAUAGAUUAUUUCAAUUUUAUGACUAUUAUUUCAUAAGGCAAGGUUGUUGCCUUGGUUUCUGCUGUAUGUAAAAUCACCACCAGCUGGAUUGAAGUUAAGAGCUGUUGCUCUGCAUUUCUUAACGAAUUUCUUACUCUGUAAUUUGAAAUACUAAAAGGAAAAGGCCAGUUUUUGGUCAUGGCCAAGCCAAUCUCCAUAUGGGAAUUGAAAGCCCCAAUCCCCUUGUGGGGCUUUCAAUUCCUUAUAUUGUUCGAAUUUGACACUUCAGGCUUUCGAUCUCAAGAACAUGCUCAAAAGUAAAUAAACAUUACCAAUCCAUCUAACAAUAUAUGGCUGGAAGCUAAGCAACAAAGCCUAUAUUUUCUGCGCUGUAAACUGCUUCAGUCUAUAAAGAACUCGAACAGAGAUACAAACCUCAUUAGAUGCGUCGUGCUUAGUAGAAAAUUUCUUGCCUAGUAGAUGCUAUGUGAAUUCAGUUGUAGCCUAUUUUGCAAAGAUGAAUUGUUCGGUAAUUAUACACUUAUAUAGCUUGUUUUAAUAUUAUCGGAAGUAAAUUUUUUGUGUGAUAGUCCCUAUCAAUUUAUUUUAAGGAUAGUUGAUCUUUAAUCUAGCAAGUUCAUAGGAUGACUAUUCGAUAAUACAUACUUUUGCUUUCCAAUCGGCAUCUCCAUCCAGUUUAUAUGUAUGGGGAAUCAUGAUAUGCUAAUGGUAAAGUGAAAUCGAGUGAGUUGUGUGUUGGUAACUAAGAUCUCUAUAGUUUCUCUUACUUGUGAAUGCCAUAGUCUGUUCCAAUUUCUUCCAGAUAGUAUGAAAAAGUUAUAAUGAAUGUUCUUGACACCUGUCUAGGGCGUUAGUUUUUUAGAUGAAACACAACCUAAAUGAUUGAGAAAGUAUCUUGAUUUGUGUUAUAGUUUGCGAAGACUUAUUGCUGGAAAUAGAUGCUAAUUUUGGAACAAUCAAAAUGUUUCAAUUGUUUAUGCAUUAGAAGUGUAGACUGGAUUUAAUUGUACAUAUUUCACCUUAUAUUUUCACAUUCUUUUGUGAGUCUUAGUUCAUUAGAAAGGGGGAUCAUACAUCUGCAUUUGUGGCCUAAAGAGCCAUUUUAUGAGUGAUGUUUGUAAUAACAAAUUCUGACAUAUUUUCAACAAUAAUUCUGUAGACAACCAUGUACACAAAUUGGUGUUCGAGAUUCAAACAGGAUUGGUUAGAUGCACCUUGUAACUCGAUUUAUGGCUGUUUGAAUCUUAGGCCUUAUUAAUUGACUUUAGCUUUUCUGCUUGUCGUGAUGCAAUUAGGGGCUUUAGAAAUGGUGGCAGACAAAAGAAAAGUUAUGAAAUUUGUCAUGCUAGUAAGGCCUCACAAAUUUAAACCCUAAAUUCUUACCAAUUGACUUGUCUAAACUUGAUUCCAAUGAAAAGGAAACCUUUCUGAGAUUUUUUGUUUACCUCACGAUUUUAAAUGAAAAGAAAACAUUUGUCUUAGUCUCAAAGAGUGCCUUAACAAGCUUAGCUGCUUUUUCAGCUGCAUUACAUGUUGAAAUGAGACUUUCCAUAUAGAUUUUAAAAAUUGUUAAAAACAGUUGAAUUUACAUCAGUAUUCUAGACACAUGAAGAUAUAUUUUUGUUUGAUGUAGGUUUGGAGCGGUGGAUGCUAUCAUGAUAGAGUAUGGACAACUUGCUUUUUAAGCUAAGAUAGUGUUUAGACUGGAUGCACUUUCCAUUGUGGAGGAGAUCAGCAGCUGCAGCAAUGAGAGUGCUCUUACGGAAUGCUACUGCAUUCCUGAUGGCACCACCUUUUCUUCCUACAGCAACACUCAAGCAGAUUUUACCCUCUCAUUCUCCUAUCAGCAGGGUCAGAUGGGGAAGCAGAGGAACAGCUACAACUUCUGAGAAAACAGUAACCGUGGAGUCGAUCGCAACAGUGAUUGAUGGAAGAGCGGCUGCUCAAGAAAUAAUGGGUGAAGUCGCAGCUGAAGUAUCCAAAAUGAGAAACACACUUGGCAAGGUCCCUAGUUUAGCUGUAGUGCUAGUUGGAGCAAGAAGAGAUUCAGAGAUUUAUGUUCGCUGCAAGAAAAAAGCUUGUGAAGAGACAGGAAUCAUAUCACUAGGCAUUCACUUGCCUGAACAUUCCAGUGAAGAUGAAAUUCUAAGGGCUGUUAAGAGUUUUAAUAAUGAUCCAUCUGUCCAUGGUGUUUUGGUUCAACUUCCUCUGCCACAGCAUGUCAACGAGGAGAAGAUUUUAAAUGCUGUUAGCAUAGAGAAGGAUGUUGAUGGCUUCCAUCCUUUAAAUAUUGGAUGCCUAGCAAUGCAAGGGAGAGAGCCUCUAUUUGUACCUUGCACACCAAAAGGAUGCAUAGAAUUGCUGCUUCGAUCCAGAAUAGAUAUGAUGGGGAAAAAUGCAGUUGUGAUAGGCUGUUCCAAUAUUGUUGGAAUGCCUGCUGCUAUUCUUUUGCAAAGACACAAUGCAACUGUUACUAUUGUUCAUUCUUACACCAAAAAUCCUGCAGAUAUUACACGCAAAGCAGAUAUUGUUAUUUCUGCAGCAGGCAUGCCAAAUUUGGUUCGCGGCAAUUGGCUGAAACCUGGUGCAGUGGUAAUUGAUGUUGGCAUAAAUGCAGUGGAGGAUCGUAAUGAUGAGAGAGGAUACCGAUUAGUUGGUGAUGUUUGCUACAAAGAGGCUUCAAGAAUAGCUUCAGCAAUAACUCCUGUACCUGGUGGUGUUGGUCCAAUGACUAUUGCCAUGCUUAUGUCUAAUACUCUAGAGGCAGCAAAACGGACAUUUGGUUUGAUUUGAAAAUUUGCCCUUUGGUAGCCAUUUGCAAUGGACUUCAGGUCAUGAAGUGUGUUUGUUUACGAAGUGGCAUCCUUGAGAUUAUUGUUGUAACAAAAAUAUUCAUUCUGAUCCAUCUACAAAAAUAAGAUAAUAUACAUCAUAAACAUAAGAAUUAGAAUAAAUGUUCUUUUCAAACUAU